CGCUCACAGCAGAGCAGCCUGUCCCGGCACGCGCGUGCACCUCUGCGCGCGGCGCUGAAACCAAUCUGCGGAGCAGAGCGGGAUGAGGUCCCGGCACGCAGCCGGAACGCGACGCUGGACCACUAUGAAGGAUGUGUGUUUCCUGUGCUGAACUCUGUGUUUUCUGGUGCCUCAACAAGGUUCGAUGUUCGGACGUCUGAGCGCAUCUCAGAGAGGCAGCGACGGGGCGACGCUAGUUUUUUGACCAAUGUUUUGUUUCGCUUUCAGCAGUCAUCAUGUUACAUCCCCCACAAACGCCGUCAAACCGCUCCAGAGGUCUAUUUUCUCUUUCAAUGUGGGAGCUACUCUAGUGUGACUCGACUGGAGUAACUUUGUGCGAUGGAGCCGGACGGGGCGAAGCUCUCCGUGUGGGUGUGUCGGGAGGAGAAGCUCGUGUCCGGGCUCACGAAGCGAACCACCUGCGCCGACGUCGCAAAGGUUCUGCUGGACGACCAGAACCUGCGCCAGGGCGCCGCGGCCGCGAUGCUGUCAGGUUGUCCCCAGUCCUACUGCGUGGUGGAGAAAUGGAGGGGCUUCGAGAGGAUUUUACCCAACAAAACCAAAAUCCUGCGCCUUUGGAGCGCGUGGGGAGACGAGCAGGAGAACGUCCGCUUUGUCCUGGUCAAAAACGAGGCUUCGCUCCCGAACAACGGGCCCCGCAGCGCCGAGGCCCGCGUGGUCCAGAGCAGAGACAGCGGUCCCGGGGGCGUGCUCAAGGGCCCCGGCAGGACCUGCUGGAGCGCCGCCAACCUGUCCCAGGAGAAACAAAGACGCGUAGUCAGAAAGGCCUUCCGAAAGCUGGACAAGAUGAACAGGAAGAAGGAGCAGACGGCGUGUAAAGACGGGAGCUCCGUGGAUAAGAUGGAGACCCUGGUCCACCUGGUGAUCUCCCAGGAUCACACCAUCCGCCAGCAGAUCCAACGGAUCAGGGAGCUGGACCGGGAGAUCGAGCGCUACGAGGCCAAAGUGCACUUUGAGCGCAUCCAGAGGCACGGGGCCAACUAUGUGCAGGACACGUACAUGGUGGAGAGCUCGUCCGACGCGUCUGCGCAGCCGCACUGCACCGCAGAGGCUCUGGCACAGUAUGAGGAAUACGCGCGCCAGUGCGAGGAGGUGGUCCAGCUGCAGGAGGAGCUGACGGAGCGCCAGGCGCUGGUGGAGAGCAUCACUGGCACGAUCCAGGAGGAGCUCAACCGGCGAUGGAUGGAAAGGAGGCGGGAGGAGAAUGAGGCCGAGGAGAGGGACGCGGACAGCGUGGUGGAGGAUAUGUGCCUUGUUGCAUCUGCGCCACCUGUUCAGCCAGAUGUUGGGAGUCUGUCGCAACAGGAGCUCUGUUUGGAGGAGGAAAGGCUCAAAACCCAACUGGACACCAGUCUGUACAUCGGCCUGAGGCUCAAGACCGACCUGGAUGCCAUAAGGGGGGACUUGGACCUAAGCCUGGCUCUCUGGGGAACCAAGGAAAGAGAACUGCUGGAACUGCUGGCCAAAGUUGAGUCAAUGGAGAUAGAGGAGGUGAAUAAGAAAGUGACCAGUGACGGGGAAGGAGAUCUGAGUGCAAUUAGCACAAAGGCUGAGCCUGAGUCAUCUGUAAAAAGCAGUGGGUGGGUGGAGCAGGCCAGAGGUCUAUCCAAGUCCUGCAACACAAAUGACGAGGACUCUGACACAGGUCUAAGCUCCAUGCACAGCCAGGACUCCGACAACCCACCCGUGUGUGAGUCACUGGUAUAGACUGACUUUCUUAUGCAAAUGAAAGCAACAAGCUCAGGGGCAGAGGAUUCAGUGUUGGCAAUAUGGCAAUACUCAAAAUGCACAUCAAUACAGACUGUAAUUCUAUAGCAAUAACUCCUAAAUGUAGUAAAUGAGAGCAUGACUCACCUUCUUUAAGAAAGUAAAGUACAACAAUAGAAGUAGCCUAGAAGAACGGACAACUUUAAGCUGUAGCCAUCAAACUAACUGUAAUCUAAACUAGACCAUAAGCUUGUCACUAGUCUGAUAGGAUAAAAUAAAUAAAAUGUAACACUGAACAAUGUUUUAAGACAUUUAAUUAAGUGAUAACUUAACAUUCAACAAUUCAACAACAUGAAAGUUUGUUCCAUCAAAUGUAAAAGUAGCAUCAGUUCACUGCGCUUCAAAAGAAGAUAACCAAGCAGAGUUGCAGUUUUGGACAAUAUUAAAACAGCAGAGAUAAUGGAGUUGAAAAACUCACUUGAUAUUGUCCUCAGUAUAAAUGUAAUGUUUGUCUUGUAAACCAAAACAUGUUUACUCACUCAUAUUUUAGAGCUGUGUGGAAAAUGAUCUAGAACCUGUUCUGUGCUUGGUCAGAGGGAGAAGGUUAGUGAGAAGACAUUAUAAAAAUAUAAAAAGGACUGUACGCUGCAUAAACAUAUGGAGCAAAUAUGCUCUCCAGUGCUCAAAAAUAGGCUUUGAAAUUAACUUUAAAUAAAUCUGAUGAUGUCAUCGGAGCUGCUUUUUCAAAUGUUCCGUGUCCCCUUUAAAUCUGUUGAUUGACCCUGGUUUUGGCUUAUGGCAGUUUGUUUUCCCCAAACGCAUCUUACUCAGGCACAUGCAAUGUGGAUCAACGAGAAAAGCCUCAUAUCCAAAUGAACGUUAAGCUGUAAUUUACUCUAUUAGGGCAGUAACACAAUCACACCAGGAACAUUUCAGACAUCUGGAAGCUGAGUCAUGCCAACUCCUGCUAUAACACUAGUGUAGUAGUCAACAUUUCAAAUCAUAUUUUUCAUCUACAGAGCGAUACUGACAGUCCAUGCAAUGUCAGUACAAGACAUGGGACCUGUACUGGAAGUCAUGCAUUGGUUCGGCGCGGCUUUUCAGAAACUGUAGGCCAGGCUUGAUAUUAAAGUUAGUAUAAUUCAAAGUGUUCAUUCUUACAGUGUACAUACUUUUACAAGUCUUUAGAAUGCUUUGACACCUGCACGUUUUUUUUUGCAGAGCAUGUGUUCCAAGAAGCUUUUGGCCUCAAGGGUCCCACUAAGUUAUCCCGCAGUCUCCACAUAUUUUAAUGCUAUGCUAUUUUAAGCACACUGUUUACUUUUACAUCCUGGAAGUAAUUGUUGGAAACCUGUAUAAUCUCCUUCAAGAACUCUCCAGACGGAAUUGAAGGCAAUAGGUUGAGUUAAAUAUCAAAUAAUGACUUUGUGCUAUCAGUUCCCCCAUGUUUGACUUUGUCUAACUGUAAAAUGGUGAGAAGUAAUAACCUUGUAACAAGUAGAUGAUAUUCUUUCUGUGGCAUUAGCUGUCUGCUGUAUCCAAAUACCAGAAUGUUGUGUGCAGCUCAGCUAUGCCACUUCAUCAGGGAUAGUCUGGGCUUCUCGGGCCGCGACACUGAGCAAGCUUUUUGUAUAUAGACAGCUCUAGAUCAGCAACUCUGAGGUUACAGGCAAGAAAAAACGACACAGUGACUCCAGUCAGCACAUGAAAAUGACUGUUAGUGUUGGAAUAAACAGGAAACAAUA